AUGCAAAGUCAUUCACUUGUAAGAAGUGUUUUAAUCUAACUGAAAGUCAUGUUUAUACAUUCACUCCAAAUAAUGAUACAUAAAGAAAAGAACAUUUGUACUGUACACUUUGGUUUGUAAUAUUUUGAAAGAUUUGUAAUUUUGUGAUUAGAGUGAGUUCGUGAUGAACGGCAGUACAGUACUGUAAAUCUGUUUCAUCAGAAUAUAAUAGGUGGGGCCUUUUUGGUGGAAAUAUCAAAAUCCCAGUGUUGAGUGGGCUGGAAAUUUGCCUUCUCAGUCCAAUUUAGGUAACAUGUUUUGCUGGGGUAAUACUGUGAAUGGAGAGUUGGGACUUGGUGGCAUUGAGGAGGAACAUAUUUUGUCGCCACGGGAACUGACUUUUAAGAAAACAACAAACAUAAAAGAAGUUGCUUGUGGCAGCUACCACACUGUCAUAGUGACUUGUGAUGGUGAAGUCUAUACCUGUGGAAGUAAUGAUUAUGGUCAACUGGGUCAUGAAAAACCUUGUAAGAAGCCAGAAAAGGUGGACAGUUUAUCAAUGUAUUUGAUAACAAGAGCAUCAUGUGGGUCCAGUCAUACUGUGGCAGUUAAUGAAUGGGGUCAGGUGUUCAGCUGGGGAUCUGAUGUACACGGGCAGCUGGGAACUGGUUUGGGUGAGAAUAAUGACAUGCAGUUAAAUCCAAAGAUGAUAAAAACUUUAGCAACAAGUCAUGUGAUCCAGAUCACCUGUGGAUAUGACCAUAGUCUUGCAUUAACUAAAGAUGGAGCGUUAUAUGCUUGGGGUUCUAAUAGUUAUGGCCAGCUUGGCUUUGGGAAUCAGAAUGGACAUCAAAAACCUGCAGUUAUCAGUUCACUGACUGGAAUCCCCAUAGCUUUCAUAGCAUGUGGAGGAAACCACAGUUUUGCUGUCUCUAUAUCAGGAGCUGUGUAUGGUUGGGGUAAAAAUUGCUUUGGCCAACUUGGUCUCAGUGAUGACACAGACAGGCUCUUUCCAAGUCAGCUGAAAACUCUGCGUUCUAUCAAAGUGAAAUAUGUUGCCUGUGGAGAAGAUUUCUCUGUAUUUCUCACUAAGGAUGGAGGUGUUUUUACUUGUGGAGCAGGGAUGUAUGGUCAGUUGGGUCAUGGCUCUACAUCAUGUGAGUUCCUUCCACGGAAAGUUCUAGAACUCAUGGGCAGCGUAGUCACACAGAUUUCUUGUGGCAGGCAUCAUACUCUAGCCUUUGUUCCGUCAAGGGGACGAGUGUAUGCCUUUGGAUUGGGUGGAGCUGGCCAGUUAGGGACUAGGGCAACUUGCAGUGCUACUACUCCUCAAGUUGUUCUUGGUCCAUGGGUGUCACCGGGUGGAGUUUCUGUUGUGGAGGCAGGCAUCCAAACAGAGCAUGCCAGUAACUGCAUGGUGAGAAGAAUCUACUCAGGGGGUGAUCACUGUUUUGCUACAGUCACACAUAAAGAGGAUAAUGUACCAUCAGAUGACUUCAGAGUCUACAACAAGUAUACCCAAAUUCUUUCUAUAACACAAGAAACUACUGAGCAGUGUGAAAAGGCAUCUGGCAGUGAAAUGGUUGAUCAGGACCUCAUGAGUUGCUUAGAAACCGUGUUCAGCAGUCAGGCAUGUAUGAACUGUUCCUUCCUGUUGCCUAAUGAUGAACAUUACUGUUGCACAUCACGUCAUCAUGGAGUCAGUUUGCCUUUAGCUGAACAAUGCUUUUCAACUAUUGGUCGAGUUGAGAAUAAUUCAAUAAAAGAAUUGAUAUCAAACUGUGUGGUGGAAAAUUUGCUUCCUUCUCUUGUUACUUCACCACCAGACAUAGAGACACUCAGGCUGUACUUAAUUCUACCAUUUUACCAUGAGUUUGACAAUCCCAAGAAUUAUUCAGUUCUUCAUAAUCCAUUUGGUCGCACUUUCCUUAACUUAAAGACUGAAGCAGGCAAAGUUGUAGGUUGGUGGUGGAGUAAAACGUCCUUCGAUUACUUUGAACGAUUGAUUAGGGUGUUCAAGAAUGUUGUAAUGCAUAUACUCGGGAAAACAGAAAAUGUCAACCAAGAGAAUGUAAACUGGGAUUAUGACAUGGUGGUUCCACUUGAAGUUCUUGGGAAGCUGAACAAGCUCAACAAUGAUGUGGAUGGAUUUAAGGUGCCUUAUGAUUCAUUCUACCUGACAGAACUCACUGAGAAGGUUGAUGUUCGGCUGGAUUACAUCAAAUGGCUAAUGACUAAGGAUCAUCACUUGCUUCCUGGACUUUCAAGACCGAAACAAAGAAUUUUUUUUUGCAAUUACCCAUUCCUGUUUGAUGCUCAAGCAAAAACACUUUUGCUGCAAGCAGAUCAGUCCCUUCAGAUGCAGUCAGCAAUGAACCAAGCAGCCACCAGGGCAAUCACAUCUCUCUUCUUUUCACCUGUCUUAUCUGCCAGCAUCAGCACAUUUCUUGAGUUGCAUGUCAGCAGAGAAAACCUUGUUACUGACACCAUUCGAGAACUUGCUAAAUUUGAAGCUACAGAUCUCAAGAAACCACUGAAGGUGAAGUUUGAAAAUGAGGAAGCUGAAGAUGCAGGUGGUGUAACAAAGGAGUUCUUCUUAUUACUGUUGAGGGAAAUCCUGGAUCCCAAGUUUGGGAUGUUCCGACAGUAUGAGGAAACAAGAACAAUUUGGUUCAGUGAAGAUUCAUUUGAGGAUGAAAUCAUGUACUACCUCAUUGGUGUGCUGUGUGGCCUGGCCAUCUACAACUUCAUAAUCAUUGACCUUCCUUUUCCCCUGGCACUCUAUAAGAAACUACUGAAGGAACCAGUGUCACUACAGGAUCUAAAGGGAUUAUCCCCUACUCUUGCAAAAAGUCUGCAGGAUUUGUUGGAUUAUAGUGAAUCAGACCUUGAGGAGGUAUUUAUCCUUAAUUUUGAGGUAACACGGGAAGUGUUUGGUGAGAUUAAAGUACAACCUUUGAAACCUGGUGGUGAAAAUAUACCUGUUACACAGGAGAACAAGCAGGAAUUUGUGGACCUUUAUGUAGACCUGGUAUUGAAUAAGUCAGUUGCGAUCCAUUUCAAAGCAUUUGGCAGUGGUUUCCACAAGGUGUGUGGGGGACGUAUCCUCGAACUGUUCCACUCUCAUGAGUUGAUGGCUGUUGUAGUUGGAAAUGAGAACUAUGAUUGGGAGGAGUUGCAACGUAAUGCUGAAUACAGGAAUGGCUUCACAGAGAAUGAUGAGACAAUUAGAAUGUUCUGGGAAGUAUUUCAUGAGCUUCCUGAAGUGGAGAAGAGGAAGUUUCUGCUUUUUCUCACUGGCAGUGUCCGGAUUCCUAUUCAGGGCAUGAAAGCAAUCAAGAUUUACAUUCAGCCGACUAUUGAUGACAGGUAUUUACCAGUGGCUCAUACUUGCUUCAACUUGUUGGAUCUUCCACGGUAUGGCACAAAAGAGAAGCUCCGUUACAAAUUAAUGCAAGCAAUUCAGCAGACACAAGGGUUCUCAUUGGUCUGACCCAACUCACCAUCACAGACUGCCUCCAGCUUGCCCCAGUGUGGUUAUACUUGUAAUAAUUCCAAUAGGACAAAUCUGUAUGCAAGGUAUGCUAGAAGUCAGUGGUAACAAAGAAAUUAUGUUAUGAGCUAAAUAUUUUUGCACACAUUUAACUAGAUAAGGACCAAGUCAGUAAUGAUCAUAUAUAUAUCUACACUCGUUUCCCUCAUGAAGUGUCAUUGACACACAUUUUAAAGCCCUUAAAACUUAUAUGAGUUGUAAAGUUGCAGAAUACCUUAUGUUGCAAGUGGAGGAUACACACUGUAAAUAAUAGUGAUAUUAAUUUUAAAAUGAGUGUGUGCUUUUUGAUUAUCGUUAUCAUUGUUGGAAAUCGGUUAUGAGUGAUGUUUAACAAAUGUAAUUUUAAAAUGCUGUUAAACAUACCAUUGUGAGGUAAAGGUUUAAGUCACAAUUUACUAAUCCCAUGUUCACAGUGCAUAUUUAUAAUUUUAUUAAAUGAAUGGUUGGUUGGUGCGUGUGUGUCUAAUUAUCCCAGAUGUUGUUGAUCAUUAUGACCUUUCAUAACCUCUGCUGCACCUAGGCAAGACUAGAACUCAUUUCUGAGGUGGGGGCACCCACAGGGCAGAUUUUGUUACCGCCAGUGGUAUGGUGAUUAUGAAGAUAGUCAGCAGAGAAUACAUAACAGUUGGAUGUGAACUCUGAACCGUGGUGUUGGCCUGGUGUUCUUCACUUUCCUGAAGUUUUAUCUUUGGCAGUGGUAAAGGCUGAAGUCUGUGAGCAGGAAAGCUGCACACAGCCCUGACUGGGGAUCAAACCCAUAAUGCUCUGGGUGAUAGUUUAAUGUUGUACCCCAAAACCACCAGGUACCAUUAGGUGACAAUUUUUGUACUGCAACAAGGCACGGUAGCUUUUCAUGCAUAACAUUGCACUUACUGCAGAGGCUAAUAGAAGAUGGGUGGUGACAGUUUCACUUUUGUGCCUUUAUUUGUUAUAAAUAGUAAUAAAAAUAAGUUACAAACUAGACCUGAAUGUUUAAUCAAAUAUUUUUAUUGUCAGUAUCUGAUUACCUAACAGCGCCUGCUCUUCUCUGCGUGUUCUUUGUUAGCUUUGCUUUACAUUAUGGUCACUAUGGUUAUGCCCCUGUAUAUUGUUUGCUGAAAGGAUGAAAAUUAUUAAAAGUAAAUUUAGCAUGACUAGAGCUGUUAGAUGGGCCUUAAUUGGGUAGCUCUAUCAGUGUGGUCAGGGCUCUUUCAAGAUCCCUAACAUGAUCAGGGGUGCACAAAGGAUGCAGCAGUGGUCUGGGUACUUGGGGUAACUGAAGUUGUUCUACUAGAUGUACCAGCAGAUAUUUAAUUUUCCAUGACAUGUUACAUCUCCACAAAACUAAAUAAAAAUUACACUCAGGAGAUAUCUGCCAUGAACAUAAUUGUAAUCUAAUGAAUCAACCAUUGUUACAUACUUUUAGAGAAGCAUAAGGAGAAAUUGUUGUAAUCCAAAGGACCUUGUCUUAUUUUACUUGAAUUGAAGAGAAACUGCAAACUAAAUGGAACAGCAUUUACUGGGAAAGGGCUUACAAAAUUUCCAACAGGAUACCAAAUAUUUCUCCUAUCUGUCAAAUUGUUUGUUGAAGAAUGAUGACAUUCUCUGAUUGAUUAUGCUUUUCAUUAAAUAAAUGUUUUAAUAUCUUGAAAUAAGGUGUGACCACUACAUUCUUACCAAUUAACAAUUUAUCAUUAUCCUGUCAUAAUACCAUGUGCAUAAGCCUGAGCCACAAGUGUAGAUUGUUAUGAUGUUGAAGCAAACUGAGUUAUCAUUUUCUUCUGUAAGGCUUUUAUGGCUGUUCUCAUAAUGUAGUACGACAACGGAAAUCUUUAAAAUUUAAUAUUCUAAUUGUGAAAUGUAGUCAACAUGGUAGCAAUUAUUUUGUCCUGACAUAAUAAUUUUAAUUAUUAUUAUUAUUAUUAUUGAACAUUAGUUUGUAUACAGUGUAAUAUUUUUCUGCUUAAAUGUUGCCUGCACAGCACCAGUUCUGUUACUGGUUUGGGCAGAGUAAGAUGGUGGUAUCAGUUAGAAAUAACAUUUUAAUUCCAGAUACAUGUUGCUCUUUUAUUGUUUAUGUGAAGGAAUUUAACCAGUUGCAAGCAUUGACCUGCUAAUGGUAAGUUUUGUGAUGACUUGGGUUUCUGCUGUCAAGUAGAGGUAAUGAAAGAUUAAUCCUUUGGUGAGUACGAACAUACCAGUACAAACCGUCUGACAUGUACUGGGGACUGAUUGCUUUAAGUGCUCAAAGUUCCCUAUUUCUCUUGGCAUUCUAAUGAAACGUGACAUAAAUGAGGGCAUUUUAUUGUAAAAGAAAAGAAACACUAGGAGUAUUUGUAAGGUUCUUUAAUUAUCACUUGACAAAGGGUUAAUAAAAUUUAUGAGGUAGAAAUAUAUCCUUUCUGCAUACCUCUAUUCUAGUUUUAUUGGUUUUGCAGGGAACAUAUGUUUAUGUAGUUCUUCAUUUCCUAAUUUUAAUAUUUUAUUCUUAUUGAUGGCUUGUAAGUAAUUGGUAACGUAUUUACAUUUUAAUUAAUUUGAUAUUUGUUAGUGUGCAAGAAUUAAAAUUUGAAGGACUGUUCAUAAGUUGUCUUCAUGUAACCACUCAUACAAUAUUUUAUUCACAGUUAAUAAAAUGUUUUACUGUUGAAAUUUCCACAAUAGAAUGCUAAAAUAUAAUGUUAUGUGUUUUCAAAAAUGGAUAGGCCUGUUUCUAUUUGUCUCUAGGUAUUAUAGUUUUCAUUAUUUUGUCCUAAUAGUUUUAUAGUUGGGAGAACUUCAGUAGGUGUAUCACAAAAUAUAUUCUGAAUCCUUAUGGAGGCUGAAAUAGGGUUAUCAGAAUGUAUCACAGUUUAUUAUUUGGAGAUGCUGCAGUUUGACAUUACUGCUGUUUAGGAUUUGAGGGUCUCAUGGCAUUAAGUACAAAGAUGGCUGUCUCCUGGGUUAUAGCGUGAUGUAGUCGGUAGAAGUUGAUCAAUGUUUCAGAGGUCCUUGCUGCCUCUAUCAUCACUGAUUGCCUUGAUGAUAGGGGGUAGCAAGGACCUCUGAAAUGCUGGUAAACUUCUACCAGUCUACAUCACGCUACAACCAAGAAGACAGCCAUCAUAUUAUUAAUGUUACAAGUAAAAACAUUCAGAAUCUGUUUUUCAAUUAUGAUGCUUUUAUUAUAAAUAGAAAAAAUAUUUUUAUAAAUUGCAUGGUUGAAAGUAGUCUGUUGUGUGCUAGGAUUUAGCGUUAUUGUUAAGGGGGUGACAUAUUCAACUAUAUUUCACCAUUAUUACCAUUGUUCACAUAUAUUUUACUGUAGGACUGUGUUGUUACUUAUGGCUUCAGGUGUGCUGAAAUAGAUACAUAUACAUUUUACACUGGAAUCUCUUGAAGUUGCUAGAAACAUGUAAUUAUUAAUAAUAGAUAACACUGGUGGUGUUUGAAUGAAAAUACCAGCUGUAAUUCAGACAGCUACAUAGAGAGAAAAAAAUUUGUAUUGCAGGUUCUGAGUGCAGUUUCUUUCAUGAAUAAAUAACUUUUUGGUGAAACCACACUUACCAUUAUUUUAGAACAUCUGUUGAGAACAGAGUCCUUCAACAUUUUAUAACAUCAGUUCUUUGGCACGUUUUGUUAUAUAAUGAAUGAUUAUCCAGAUUUUGUUUUCAAAGUUCUACACAGUGUGUAGAUUUUUUUUCUCUCUAAUUUUUGCCAGAGAUAGAAGUUAAAAUUAGUGUUGGCCUUAAUAUUCUACUUACUAUCCCAUUCACCGAAUAUAUUCCAUAGAAUGGACAUGUAAUUGUAAAUGUGUGCUGUUUUAAUGUUCUGUGAAGGUCCGUACAAAUCCUUAGUUCUAAAGUUUAGUUGCCUCUCGUGUACAAUUUUUGACAUAUCCACUCCCCCCCCCUGUAGAUUGUGUGUUAAGAAUUUUUACCAUUUAAUGUUUUACUAAUGUUAAAUUACUUUGUAGUUCAUGCUUUAAUUUGAAUGUUUGUGUUGUUGUGUGGUGGUAAACAGUAUUCAGGAAAUCAUGACAGUGUUGCAGAAAAUAUUAAUUAGUACUCGUUUCAGUCAAGUAAGUUUCAUUUUUGUCAACUUCUGAUUUAGACUGAACAGAAAGAGCAGAACAAGUGAGAAAAAUGGGCAGGCUGUUAUUUCCAGUCCCCUCACCUUCUUACUCAUAAUAAGGAGAUUAGUUGGCGAGGUGUAGCUGUGUUAUUUCAUGUUAUGUAUGAAUAGAUAUUAACUAAAAUGUGUAGUGAAAAUUGAACCUGUCUGAUGGAUAACAUUUGGAACACAUCCAGGUCUCAUUCUUAGAGCUGUUACAUUACAGAAAUGCCAUGAAGAUAAAAGGUGGCAUUGUUACUGAAUGUUAAUUGUAAUUUGAUUUUCUUGUAUUCAUGUAAAUUCAGUCGAUACUACAAUGUUGUAUCCAGGUUGGAAUUAUAAAGUAAACAUUAUUUCCAGCA